AUGUCCACCUCCAACUCUAAAGCCUCUGCGCUAAAGCGCAAGCUCACUGCUUCCUCCAAUUCUGCUUCCUCCAAUUCUGCUACUUCUGCUUCUUCAUUGUCUUCUUCUUCUGCUAUACCCACUCUUCCUAUUCCCGCCGCCAAGCGCAUUUGUCUUCAUGACGAUGCCGCAACAUCAUCAUCAUCCUCCUCAUCAUCCUCAUCAUCCUCAUCAUCCUCUUCAUCCUCAUCAUCCUCUUCAUCCUCAUCAUCCUCUUCAUCCUCUUCUUCAUCAUCAUCCUCUUCUUCAUCUUCAUACUCUUCAUCAUCCUCAUCUCCCACUACUCCUGCCAACAAGCGCAGCUGCUCUUCUUUGUCUUCGUCGUCGUCUUCUUGUUCUCCUUCUUCUUCCACAUUGACCUCUUCGCCUGUUGCUGAUGACGAAGAUGAUGACCUUUGGGCCGAAAUGUGUCCUAGCAAGUGGGACAACCUUGGUGGUGUUCAGUACACCAAGGAAUAUGGAUGGAAGCAUCAACAAGAUGACCUUGUUGAGCCCUUCGUCCUUGGUGUGUGUCCGCUGGACACCAAUAGUGCAGCACACACAUUGAUUGGCAAGUUGCAAGGCGCCCUUCGUGGUCAUCAAGGUCUCACCAUGGAGACGACGCCGCACAUAACAGUAUUGAACAGGAAAUCUAAGAAGAAUUACGUUAAUGAUACCAUCAAGCUUGCUAGCGCCAUUGCUAGCUUGCAAACGACAAGCAACCAUGAUUGGCUUGGGCGUUUGACAAUUGAAAAGGUCACGGUAAGUCGCCUUACAAAAAACAUCAAGACACGCCAGCAACAAUAUGCAACCAGUUGGGAGAUGGCACUUUGA